AUGCUCUCGCGACAAUUCACGACCAGUGCCAGGCUCCUGAAACGCGCGGCAUCUUCGACUCUCCCGGCGCGCUUGGCCGCAGUAUCAUCCUCGUCACCACCACAGGUCUUUGACUCCGAUGAGAUCUCGGACCGCAAGUCUCGAUUCGUCGGACAUGCCGCCAAGGUCAAGACGUUGGAGGAGGUGCGCGGGUUCGUCGAGGAGCUGCUCGCCGACAAGCGGAACAAGAGGGCGAGUCAUCCGGCCAUGCUUGCCUGGCGACUCGAAGACGAUAGCGGUGAGUGUCAUUUGCAGACGAUUCGCCCUCCCUACAACGUUGACAGAGUGGAAUGA